UUUUAUAUUAAUAUAAUAAUCCCACUUAGUUCUCUACCUUUGAUCUUCCUUUCACUGUCCUUCCAAGCGAAACCGAAAAAUGGGGCAGAUUCAAUACUCAGAGAAGUACUUCGAUGAUACUUAUGAGUACAGGCAUGUCGUUCUUCCUCCUGAAGUGGCCAAACUUCUUCCCAAGAAUCGCCUCCUCUCUGAAAACGAAUGGCGAGCUAUUGGUGUACAGCAGAGUCGAGGUUGGGUCCAUUAUGCAAUUCAUCGCCCUGAACCACACAUCAUGCUCUUCAGGAGGCCUCUCAAUUAUCAGCAGCAACAGGAGAAUCAGUCCCAGCAGAGCAUUCUUGCUAAGUAAUUAUAUAAGCAUUUAGUAUU